GAAGUGCACAGAAUGAGAACGAGGAGGCAUUGACGCUCCUGUACACACUUGUAGCCUGCACUUGCCAGGGGGCAGACUAGCUGCCAAAGCUGCAAACGAGACUUCUGGGCAGGAAAGCAGAGACUUGCAUUCAAGUGAGUUCAUUGUCAGUGAGAGUCUGAGCUUCCACACAACUGUCCAGCACAACUGCAGCUGAAAUCAGGGAUGGGACAUGGAGCACCGGAAGCUAAAUUCCUGAUGCCAUCAGAGGACACUCCCCCUUCCCCCUUCACAUCUCCUUCAUGCCUAUUAAGUGGCCAAAGGAGAAAAGUGAGAAAUGCAGAGUGGCUGAAGCAGGCAGUUCUGCAGAAUUAAAUCAGGGAAAUGUUGAGCCAGCUGCUCCCCUAGACCACGAAGGAAAGAGCAGGAAAGCAAGAAGUUCCUUGCCACGGGAUCCUGGCGGUCCCUGGAUCAGGACCCAUCCUCUUCUACGCCCCACCCAGACACACUGCCUCACCUCCCAUUUCUCCAAGCCCUGCCCAUGAUCUCACCCUCAGCCCCGCCUCCCUUUUCCUAAUGCGGCAGUUUAUGGAUUUUUCAGUAGGUGGCAGUAUGUGCAGCACAAGUCACAUACUGUGGCUUCUAUACCUAGAAAUUCCCUCCAUACAAAGAAAAUCGCCAUCCUCUUACAUAGUUACCAUUAACCCUCACAUCACAAGCUGCCACCAGAGACAACACCCACACAAAGCUUCCCUGGCUUCUGCCUGGCAACUCUGGGCCUUAAUCCUUCUUCCAGGACCCCAUCUAGGCCCCUCCUCUCCUCCCUCCCCUGGGACUUUGCCCUUCCUACAGGCCCUCCAGGGGGCCAGAGUCCGGCUUGACUCAUCCUCCACCUCACUGGGGCUGAGGUCCCAGCUCUGUAACAGUAAACAUCACUUCAGCCCAGCACAGCGGAGAACAACCCAGCUCAGAAUUCUUCUGCUCUUUCCCUACACCAUGGAGUACCUUUCUGCCCUGAAACCCAGCAGCCUGGUCAGAUCAGUAUCCAAUAUGAGCUCUGAGUUUGGCCGUAGGGUCUGGACUUCACCUCCACCACCCCAGCGACCUUUCCGCGUCUGUGAUCACAAACGGACCGUGCGGAAAGGUCUGACAGCUGCCACCCGCCAGGAACUGCUAGACAAGGCACUGGAGACCCUGCUGCUGAGCGGAGUGCUAACCCUGGUGCUAGAGGAGGAUGGGACUGCCGUGGAGAGCGAAGACUUCUUCCAGCUGUUGGAAGAUGACACAUGCCUGAUGGUGCUGGAGUCUGGGCAGAGCUGGAGUUCCAGCAGGAGUGGGAUGCUGUCCUAUGGCCUGGGCCGGGAGAAGCCCAAGCACAGCAAGGACAUUGCCCGCAUCACCUUUGACGUGUACAAGCAAAACCCUCGAGACCUCUUUGGGAGCCUGAACGUCAAAGCCACAUUCUAUGGGCUCUACUCCAUGAGUUGUGACAUUCAAGGACUCGGCCCAAAGAAAAUACUCAGGGAGUUCCUCCGAUGGACCUCCACACUGCUGCAAGGCCUGGGCCAUAUGCUGCUGGGAAUUUCCUCUACCCUUCGCCAUGUAGUGGAAGGGGCUACACAGUGGCAGCAGCAGGGUCACCUUCAUCCCUACUGAGAAGGGGCUCGGAGCUUCUGCCCCUAGAGAUGGCUGUAGGGACUGUGACGACAUCCCGCUUAGGGACCCGCAGAUAGUGCAGACUAGAUAACUCACCUGGUUUUCCCACUGCCCUCUGACCCCAUCAGCAUAGUGCCUUACACCCCUAGCCUAUACCCAUUCCUGAAGAAUGCUGUCCCUUCUUAGCCAUCUUUUCAGCCUCCCACCUACCCUGAAAGCCACAACCUUGCCCCAGGCAUCUUGACAGCACUCUGAUUGCUGCUGCCUCUAGAGUUCUGACAACUCCUCCUUUCCCUGAGCUCCCCAGCGCGCUGAAGACAGCCCUCUUAAACUUUACCUUGAGAUCUCUAUUUCUCCAUACCCUUCCCCCCCAAGAAUAACAAAGACAUUUCCAAUACAAAUAUAAAAAUGUUUACCAAUAAGACUUUUGACUUCAAUGACUUCGAUUUAAAUUAGUAAGGGGACAGGACAGAUACUCCCUUUCCUCCUCCCC